AUGCCUAACACCAACUCCGACAUCUGGCUCUCCGGGGCCUUCGCCGUCGUCAUCACCGACUUCAUGGUCUACCCCUUCGACACCCUCAAGACACGCCUGCAAUCCCCCGACUACGCCACCGUCUACAAGGACGCGACGACCGGCCAGAUCAAGCGCGGCGUGCUGUUCAGGGGCCUCUACCAGGGCGUCGGCAGCGUCGUCCUCGCCACGAUUCCAGCCUCAGGAGCAUUCUUCACCACCUACGAAGCAAGCAAACAAGCCCUCACGCACCUCUUCACCAAAACCACCACCACCAACCAGACCCAAUCCCAGAAACUCACCCUCCCAACACCCUUCCUCCACUCCCUCGCCUCCUGCACCGCCGAAGCAGUCUCCUGCUUCAUCCUCACGCCCGCGGAGGUGCUGAAGCAGAACGCCCAGAUCGUCAACAGCGCUUCCACCAGCACCAGCACCAGCACCAAACCAAAGAACAUAACCCUCACCAUCCUCCACCGCUUCCGGCACCGACCCUGGAAACUUUGGAGCGGAUACACAGCGCUCCUAGGCCGCAACCUGCCGUUCACCGGGAUCCAGUUCCCGAUCUUCGAGUUCGUCAAGGGGAAGGUGGUGGCUUAUCGAGACACAACACCAAAAACUGUCGGCGGGGGUGUCGGGGCAUCGAAUACAGAUCCGACCUUCACCUCCGAUAAGAACCGGCAGGACUCGAUCGUCGAACGGGUCUACGUGACGGGCAUCGCGGGGAGUGUGGCGGGGACGGUUUCCUCGGUGGUGACGACGCCUACUGAUGUGGUCAAGACGCGGAUGAUGUUGGCGGCUACGGAGGAGCAAUCUUCCCCCGAAAAGAGGGCCGGGGCGUGGGCGGUGGGGAGGGAGGUUUAUGGGAAGGAAGGGGUGAAGGGGUUGUUUCGGGGCGGGGCGUUGCGGGCGUUCUGGACAGCGAUCUCGUUUGGAAUUUAUUUGAGUAUGUAUGAGGGGGGCAAGGUUUAUUUGGGGAAUAGGCGGGGGGAGAGGGAGAAGGGGAAGAAGGUGAGAGAUGAGGAGGAAGGGGCGCCGUUGUAG